AUGUCGCUGGCAAAGCCGACGCGAGACAAGAGCGUCUACAUGGCCAAGCUUGCGAAGGAGGCCGAGCGCUACAAGGAGAUGGUGGAGUUCAUGGAGCGCGUCGCAAAGGCCACCGACGGGGUAGGGCCUGGGGAGGAGCUAUCCGUUGAGGAGCGCAACCUGCUCUCUAUGGCUUACAAGAAUUUUAUCGGGGCCCGGCGCGCUCAUGUCCUCAUCAAGUGGCGACAGCAACGACUGGCCGAGGAGCGCCGCGAGGGCGAGUACCUCAAGAUGCUCGAGCGCGACGCGGAGGAGGAGCAGCGCGAGGCGAAUGAGGAGGCGCGCGUUGCCGCCAUUGGGCCAGCCCAGCCGACGGCGGCGGUGGUACAACCCGCAGCGGACGACGUCCCUUGA